AUGCCCCCGUCCUCCUCGGCGCCGGCGGCGAUGCCGCCGCCGUCGCCGCGGGAGCACGUGGAGAGGAUCCGGCGGGAGCGCUACUUCAUCGGGCGCGGCGAGCAGAACCCGCUGGCGGAGGACAUGCACCAGGCCGUCAACUACCUCUCGCAGGAGCUCUACUCCAAGGACGUCCACUUCCUCAUGGAGCUCGUGCAGAAUGCAGAAGAUAAUGACUAUCCCUCUGACGUCGUGCCUUCUUUGGAGUUUUUAAUUACAUCCAAGGAUAUUACCAGAUCUGGUGCAUCGUCAACUUUACUUAUCUUCAACAAUGAGAGAGGCUUCUCUGCAACAAAUAUAGAGUCCAUUUGCCGCGUUGGGAAAUCAACAAAGAAGGGAAAUAGACACCAGGGUUACAUUGGGGAGAAAGGUAUUGGAUUCAAGAGUGUUUUCUUGAUAUCAAGCCAGCCCCACAUAUUCAGUAACGGGUAUCAUAUUAAGUUCAACGAGAAACCAUGUGCCGAAUGCAAUAUUGGAUACAUUGUCCCUGAGUGGGUGGAAUCCACACCAAGUCUUUCAGACAUUGAAAGCAUAUAUGGAUGCUCCAAAGUCCUACCUACAACCACAAUUAUCUUACCAUUGAAGAGUGAGAAGGUUGAUGCGGUGAAGAAACAGCUGUCAAGCUUGCAUCCUGAAAUGCUUCUAUUCCUCUCAAAGAUCAGGAAGCUUUCUGUCCGGGAGCAUAACUCUGAUCCAAAGAGUAGCACUAUUAGUGAGAUCGGGAUAUCCACUGAAAAUAACUUCCAAUCCAGGAAGAACAUGCAUGCUGAGUCUUAUACACUCUAUUUAUCAGCUGAAGAAACUGGAAAAGUCGAAGAAGACUGCGGUUAUUAUAUGUGGAGGCAGAACUUCCCAGUCAAGUCAGAGAACAAAGUAGACAAACGUGCUGAUAUUGAUGAAUGGGUGAUAACCCUGGCCUUCCCACUUGGCGAGCGUCUGUCCCGCAAGAAGCAACUAUUCCCUGGUGUCUAUGCUUUCCUCCCCACUGAGAUGGUAACAAACUUCCCAUUCAUCAUCCAGGCUGACUUCCUCCUUGCCUCAUCAAGGGAGGCGAUAUUGUUCGAUAGCCCGUGGAACAAGGGAAUUCUAGAAUGUGUCCCAACCGCUUUCAUGAACGCAUUUGUAACACUUGUGAAGUCAACACCUGAUGCACCAGCCAUGUCACUUCCAUCAAUGUUCAAUUUCCUUCCAGUGAAUCCCUCACUUAUCUCAGUGCUUGAACCGGUUAGAAUCUGUCAACUCAUGGACUACAUUCUUAGCUCUCAUUUUGACAAGAGUACAUAUGACAGUGUGCUUAAAUUCUUGGAAGUCAAGAAAGUGGACCCUGAAUGGUAUGCAAAAUGCAUUGAAGGUUCCAAUCUUGUCAAGGAAGUAGAUGAACAACUUUACCUGGAGCUUUUGUAUUUUGUCACGGUCAAUUGGCAAAAUUAUUUUUCUGGUACAAACAUGAUGUCAAUUCCCCUACUUAAGUAUGUUAAUAAGAAUGAUGUCCUCUCUUUCUUGAGCAUAUCAAAAGCUAGUCAAGGGAGUUAUAGAUUGUGCAUUGCGUCUGAGAUGAAGCACAUGUCAUGGCUAAUCAGCUGGAACAAGGAGUUUCCAUCUGCUCGCAGGUUCUUUUUCCAGCCCAAUACACAGUCAGCUCUGGAAGAUUUCUCACAGAAAAGAACAUUGAAAGAUUGGCUUCAGAACCAAGCAAAAGUGGAGUUUGUCUCUGUCUACAGCUAUGGAUCAACUGUUGUUGAUUCCUUGAAUGAUGCUCGGAGGCCUGUCAUUUCUUUUGCACAGUUUCUGUACCACUCGGACAAGAAGUCACAUAUAGGUGCCUCCUGUGUACAGCAACUCUGCAAUGACAUGCCGGUAAUUGAUAGCUACGGCAAUGCUGUCUGGGACAGAAAUAGCAUUAUGGUUCCUGCCAAGGGAAGCAAAUGGGUUGGAUUGAUGGGCACCAACCCGUGGAGGAAGGAUGGCUACAUUGAAUUGUCAGCAGAUUACAAGUCAGCAGGCCAUUUUGCUGGGAACUACACAUCUGAGGACCAGCUAUUGGAGUUCCUCAAGAAACAUCUUCAGGUCUCCGAUGUGCCAUUGAUACGCCCACCAAAUACAAGCUUCCCUGCAGUCAGGUCACCUCUCACAGUGGACAAUGCAUUCUUGUUACUGGAAUGGAUACGGAAUCGGAAGUCAAAAGGAAGAUUACCUGAUCAGUUCUUGGCUUCUGUAAAAGAAGGAAGAUGGUUAAAGACGUCACUAGAAUACAAGCCACCAAAGGAGUCAUUUCUUUCCAGUGCUAAAUGGGGAAGCAUUUUGCAAAAUGGCUCAUCUUUUGUUGAUGUACCAAUGAUUGAUCAACAAUUCUACAGAAACAGACUGUAUACCUACACAGAUGAACUCAAGUUAAUUGGAGUGAGAUUUGAAUUUAAGGAGGCAUCAGCUUAUAUUGGAAGCUGCCUCUUAUCUAAGGCUGCCGGAAAUGCACUGACCAGAGAGAAUGUGUACUCCUUGCUUCGGCUCAUUCGGUAUCUAGGAGAGGAGUUCCUGUCUCCAGUCCAACUGAUCAACAGUGUCAAGGAUGGGCAAUGGAUGAAGAGCACCCUUGGUUACAGGUGUCCUGCUGAUUGCAUCAUCCAUGAUUCAGAAUGGGAAGUGGCAUCGCACAUCAGUAACCAAUCAUUUCUUGAUGUUCAGUUCUAUGGGAAAGACAUACUUCAGUAUACACCGGAGCUUGAGUUGCUUGGUGUUAUUGUUGGAUUCAAGGAAAAUUAUGAGCUUGUUGUUAUUAACUUCAAGUUCUGUUCUGCUGCUAUUACUUCUCAGGCUACUACACUCAUUCUCAAAUGUAUCCGCUAUGUGAAUCGGUGCGAAGGUUUCAUAAGGAAGCUCAAAGAUCUGAAAUGGUUGAAAACUAAUGUGGGAUUUCGUGCUCCUAAUGAAAUAUUUCUUGUUGAUCCUGAGUGGGAGUGCCUUCUAAAGGUAUUUGACGGAACUCCUGUGAUUGAUUAUGGAUUUUAUGGGAGUGAGAUUAGAUCAUACAAAGAAGAAUUGAAGAAGAUAGGGUUGAUCAUGAGAUUUGAGGAGGCAUCGAAAGCUAUAACUCAAAUUUUUAAGGAGAUGGUAUCAAAGUCAUCACUUACAAAGGCAAGUGUCCUGGCUCUUCUAGGAUCUUAUCGGCAACUGCGAACACACUGCCCUCUUCCUGUUGAGCUUUUCAACUGUAUGCGCAGCGAGAAGUGGCUGCACACAUCACUGGGAUUCAGAUCUCCAUCAGAGGCAAUUCUUUUUGAUGACACGUGGCAGCCUUUGUCUCCCAUAGCAAAUUUACCAUUCAUAGAUGAUGGUGACUCUUUUCAUGGUUUAGGACAUGAUAUUUAUGGCUACGAAGAUGAGCUUAAGGAAUUGGGUGUCACUGUUGAAGCGAAAAAUGGUGCUAGAUUUGCCAUUUCAGGUCUCACAAUUCCUAGUAAUCCUUCCACCAUGACCAAAGCUACUGUUGUGUCACUUCUUGCCUGCAUCAGGAGCUACUUCAAAUCUGCAGUUUCACCUCCUAAGGGCUUUGAGGACAAGAUUUGCAUGAAGUGGUUAAAGACAUCCAUGGGCUACCAAUGUCCUGAUGAAUGUAUCCUUUUUGAUGCAAAGCAGUCUUCUCUCUGCAUGGAAGAUGGUCCUUUCAUUGAUGAAGCUUUCUAUGGCUCAGAGAUAGUCUCAUUCAAAGAUUCCCUUGCGAUAAUCGGAGUGACUGUGGAUGUUAAUUGUGGACAAGAUGUUGUUGCUCGUCAUUUGAGGAGCCACAAGGUUAGAACUACUAUUUCCCGUAUCUACUUGUACCUGAUGAAGUGCAACUGGAAACCAAAUGAGAAAGACAAAAGCAGUAAUUGGAUUUGGAUACCAAAUGAAACGGAGGAUGGAGAAUGGGUGAGCUCAGGAUGUUGUGUUCUUUCUGAUAAGAACAAUCUUUUUAGCCAGCAAAUACAUGUCCUAGACAAAUAUUAUGACAAGGAGUUGCUUGGCUUCUUUUCACUUGCUUUUGGUGUGAGGCAUGGACCUGAUUCUGAAGACUACUGCAAUCUAUGGAGCACAUGGGAGAGAUCUGUUCAUGAGCUAGAUAUACCUGAUUGCUCUGCUUUCUGGAUGUUCAUUGCAACUAAUUGGAGCAAAAAUACACAGAAACUUCUUGCUAGUUGUGUCAAGGUCCCAGUAUGUAUUGAUGGAAAGAUCACUUUAUCAAAGAAGGAAGAUGUGUUCAUUCCUGAUGAUCUACUGCUUACAGAUUUGUUCAAGAAGCUUCCUGAGCACUCGCUUUUCAUCUGGUAUCCUCCAUCUACCAUACCUUCCAUGUCUCGAGCAAGGCUUAACAGCAUCUAUGACAGCAUUGGUGUUCAGAGAAUAUCCAAAGCAGUAAUGAAGAACGAUUUUUUCACCUUAGAGAAUGGCCAUUUCAUAACAGCCAACUUGAGCAAGGUGAUCAAGGUUGGUUUGCUCCAUAUAGUUCUUGCAUUCCUCGCCAAUCCUGCUAUCGACAUUCCUACUGAACGGAGGCACAGGAUGGUUUCUUGCCUUCUGAAUGUAACUGUCCAAGAGAAGGUUGAACCCAUCACAGUGAGCUAUAGUGUAAACUUGUCAUCUGGAGAGGUUGUGAAUGUGAAGGCCAGCCGAAUGCUUAGGUGGGAAAGGGAGAAUUCCAAGCUAUACAUACAGAGUAGCAAUGGUCAAUCCAGUUACAAAGAAAAGAUUGAGUUUGCAACCUACUUCGCAGAGGAAAUAUCUAAAGGGCUGCUCUUUGAGAUGCCGGAUCAGAUCCCUUCCCUCGCUGAGCUCAUUAAAAUUGGUAGCUUACUGGAUUUCGACGAUGGCGCUGUUGGGUUCUUGCAUAAGUCCAACAAUCUUCAGCUGUUCCCUGAAGACGAGGAUUUCCUGAAGUCUUCAUUGCUAGGUGGUAUCAAGAAUAACUAGCGAUCUGCAGAUUAUUCUCUUUCGAUCAUGUUCACGGUUUCUGAAUGCUGAUGGCCUAAAUAAAAAUCUGGUGCUGUGCUUGGAGGCUUCUGAAUGUGACUGCAGGGGUGUCUUCCGAGCUGUUGUGCCCAUCUUAUGAUAGUCAAUCUGUUCCUUUUUCUCUUGUUUAUUUAAGUUAGUUUCUCUGUAUCCUGGAACAGAUCUUGUCAGUAGUUUCAGUGCAGAUCUUUAUCCAAGUGCAAGAUGACACUAGUACUUUUUCAGUGUAAAUAAAUUUUUUCUGAAACGUUGGGAUGGACAAUAUUUUUAGAA